GUUGUCUCCAUUACUGCAAGCAACAUGCUAAAGGAUGAGCUUGGAUUGACACAGAUUAAUGAGUAUUUCUGGACGGACUCUAGGGUAGUUUUAGGCUACAUCAAUAAUGAAGCGCGCCGUUUUCACACAUUUGUCUCCAAUCGAGUUCAAAAGAUAAGGCUCAACAGCACCCCUCAGCAGUGGAGAUAUGUUUCUUCUGAGCAAAAUCCAGCAGAUAUUGCCUCCAGAGGUUCUAGUGCAGGUGAGCUCAUCUCAUCAGACUGGUUCAAAGGGCCACAGUUUCUGUGGGACAAAGAAAUCCCUUCAGCUGCGAAGAUCUACAUGAACUUACCACUCGGAGAUCCAGAGGUUAAAAGGGCACAUGCGCUGAACACUUUCAAAACAGAGAAGAAAGGUUAGGCAGACAAGCUAACAAAAUUUUCUUCUUGGUACAAAGCCACUCAAGCCAUUGCUCGACUGAUUCGCUGUGCCAAGAGAGAUAAAACAACGGGUCAUAGCACAGCACAAGAAAGACAAAAUGCUAAAUGUGUUAUUCUAAAGGACGUACAAGCAAAUGAAUAUGCAGAGGAGAUAAAGAUGCUUAAACAUGGAAAGGCACUCCCUCACAAAAACAAGCUGUUUCAAAUGGACACUUUUCUUGACAGUGAUGGACUCCUUAAGGUGGGAGGAAGGCUAAAGGAUGCUUCUUUCUCUUCCUCACUGAAACAUCCAGUAUUAGUUCCAAAGAGUCACCAUGUCACUCAGCUACUAAUUGCUCAUUUCCACAGUAAGGUGCAACACCAAGGGAAAGGAAUGACAAUCAAUGAGAUCAGGUCAAAUGGAAUUUGGAUUCCUGGCAUCAGCAAAGCCGUAGCAAACUUUAUACACCAAUGUGUAAAGUGUCGCAGACUCAGAAGAGGAACAGAGGAACAGAAAAUGUCUGAUCUACCAACAGUGCGCUUAGAGCCAUCGCCACCGUUUACAUUUUGUGGAAUGGACUGUUUUGGUCCCUUUCUAACCAAACAGGCUCGAAAGGUGCACAAGCGUUAUGGACUUCUUUUCACUUGUCUUUGUUGCAGAGCAGUUCACAUAGAAAUGUUAGACGAUAUUACUACAGACGCAUUUAUCAAUGCGCUCCGUUGUUUUAUAGCCAUAAGAGGAGCAGUCAGUGAGAUAAAGUGUGAUCAAGGAAGCAACUUUGUCGGAGCUAAAAAUGAACUGCAGGAAGCUUUAAAACAAGUGGACUCUAACCGCAUUACCACAUUUCUGGCCGAGAAGCAAUGUGACUUCAAAAUGCACAUGCCUCAUUCAAGCCAUGCAGGAGGUGUGUGGGAAAGGCAAAUCAGGACGGUUCGAAAUAUUCUGCGCUCGACAGCUUCAGUUUCGUCAGGCAGGAUGGAUGACACAUCUUUAAGGACAUUCUUUUAUGAGGCAAUGUCGAUUGUGAACAGCAGACCUCUUACAGUGGAUAACCUCAGUGACCCAAACAGCCCAGAGCCGUUGACCCCAAAUCACCUGCUCACCAUGAAAUCAAAGGCAACCCUGCCCCCUCCAGGUAAAGUCAUCAAGGAAGACAUUUAUGCACGGAAAAGAUGGCGGCAAGUGCAGUACCUAUCAGAGCAGUUUUGGUCACGUUGGAAAAGGGGAGUAUCUAUCCAACAUUGCAACAAGGCAGAAAUGGCAUACUCCGAAGAGAAACCUGAAGGUUGGAGAUGUUGUCAUGGAGAAGAUGGACAUUUUACCUCGCAAUGAAUGGAGAUUAGCACGUGUAAUGGACAUAGUAACUGAUAAAGAUGGACUUGUGAGAAAAGUAAAGAUUCGCUUUGGAGAACGGAAGAUGGAGAAAGGACAAUGUUCCCGUAAAAUUUCUAUAGUGGAACGCCCAGUGCAGAAAUUGGUUCUACUAUUAGAGACUGUUUAACUAUACUCUAUAGUUUAAGUUGCAUUCUUUCCUAUGUAUUGUGAUUUCAUAGAGGUUAAAGGUCACAGGUCAUUUCUUCUUUAGGAAGUCAUUAUCGCUCCAUUUGUUUAGUUAAGCUCUAAUGAUUUGGUGGGAGUGUAAAUGACCUUACUAGUAUUUUGUGUUUCCUCAUGUAAAUAAGGAGUAUUUGUUGACAUGACAGUCUAUACUUUUAUUGUGAAAGGGCUUGGAACGGAAGGUGACAAACUAGACAAUUAACUGCUCGGUCAUAGCGGAGAGAGAGAGCGCACACGGGUCGGAGCGAAAGGGAGAUAAUUACGGAGUAAUUGUAAUUUAGGUGUAGGCAAUCAGUUAAUUGGCGCUUGGUUGAUGAGGGAACAAGCUCUUACGGUGUGUUCACACACAAAGGCUGUAAAAUAAAGGACUGUGAACCAUCA